AUGGAAUCGCCGGCUUGGAUGUUCUCCAAGGCGUUGAGCCACAGACAAAAGGUUCAACGUCUAUAUAAACGCGGUUUACGUGAGGUUUUUGCGUGGUAUGGUGGAGAUCAGUAAGUCAAUUGGAUUUUGAACAAACUAUAACUUUAAAAUUUUAAUGAAACAUGACGUAAGGACUGUAAUUUCAAAAAAUGGGCAUGAUUUUGAGCCUUUAACUAUUCUUUUUCAGUGUUGCCGUUAGAUACCAUCAGGUAUUGUUGAGAGCUCGAUUUGAUGCUGCGGCCGAUGAGAAAGAUACUCGUAAAGCUCAGGUGUUGUUGGCUGAUGGUUGCCGCGAGCUUUGGGAAAAACGGGCAUUUAAACCAGCCAGGUGUAAGUAUUUUCUUCGGUUUUUCUUGUUUUAGAUCACCUAACCUUGAACAACACAAAAAAUACCUUCUACUGAAUCUACUUCAUCUUUUUAUAGGUCUCAGCAUAUGUUUUAGAAGUUUAUUAUGAAGUUUUUGCAUUUCUUAAACACCACGUAUUAUAAUAUUAAAAUUUUGCUUAUAAUACGUUUUUUCGAGGAACGCUGGCAGUUUUCGGAAGCUAAAAAUUCGUUUCUGGGUCUAAAAAAAAUAACUUCAUAAAACCUAUAACAGUAUCCCUUUCUAAAAAUAAGAGUUAGCACAUUGUUUCAAGCCUAAGUUUCCAAAGGUACAUAAACUGCCAAUUUCAGUCCCACUCGAUCCCAAAGGUUCGUCGUAUGAUCGCGAACGUGAGAGUCAUGAUGCGUUGUUGGAUACCGAGUCGUGGACCGGCCCCGACCGUGAACAAUACCCAUAUUACUUUAACCGGCGCGAGGCUCGUAAGAAGGAGAUUCUGGAGCACUGGAACAAGAUCGAAAAGUCGUGGGACGAAGAAUUGAAUAGUAUUCAGAAGGAGCUGCCAAAGGAAAAGGCGGCGAUCGGUCCACAAUAG